AAAGAAAACGUUUUCAUCUGAGGUUGCCAUUUGAUAGUAACAAGGAAUUUUGCUUUUUGCCUCAUGGAGAUGUUGCUCUUACAAACUGAGCAGCUGCCUUGCCUUUUGGCAGCUUCCCGCUCACGAAUGGUACAAAGUUGGGAUCCCACAACUCUAACACGAGCUCUAAAUUGGGGGCACUUCUUUCGGCAACUUCACAGCCGUCUUCGGGCUCAACCAACCCUCCGGGAAGCUUUGAAGCAACAGCUGAAAAAAAGAGGUUUAGUCAGGUUAAGUCACUUGAAGUGCUGCCCAGAGCUUCUGGGUUUGGCACUGCUGGAAAAUCCGGCAUUAUCUUCUACAACCCGCCAUAGCCUUUUCUGCAGCUUCUUGAUCCCCGCAACUGGUGGAGCAGAGCCCUUCAUCAAUCUACUGGCAAGACGUAGAGCUGCCUAUCAACUUCUUGGUCUCUUGGAAUCUCCUACAAAAGGAGCAGCUGGUAUUGAACAAUGGGAAGGACUGCCAGUGAGAGUCCAGGCUCAGAUGCUGCUUUCACAGCUACAAGGUGACAGAGAUGGUGAUGGGAACCAAGGUCGAUCUUCCUCGGCCUUAUUAGACUGUUUGCCCUGCGGUUCCAUGCUGUACAGAGUUGUGGCUGCGGCAUUGAUGGAGCCUGGUUGGGAAAUGGAGGCCAAGGUGUUGCUCGUCCCUUGGUUGCUGUUCGGAGACCCAGCUCGUCUCUUGUCCUUCUGCCGCUUUUUGCCUCCCCGAUGUUUGGCUUCACUUUGUGCCCAUUACUCUGAAUUACUUGCUUCCUAUUUGAGUUUCCUAUCAGCCUGGGGAAACUGCCUCAGUUAUAAUCCUCUGCAUGGGAAAUGGCAAACUAGUGGUCUAAAAGAAAAUGAAGUACCUUGGGAGGAGAUGCAGGACCGUGUCAGUUGCCUUUACCAAGAGCCAGAGCCUCUGGGCAGUGCAGUCCAGACUUGGCUAAGACAGCUCAAGGCACAGGAUGGAAACUUUGAAGUCCGAGGUCUGAGCAUUUGGACUGAUCUUUUGCUGGAUAUGGAGAUGCCUCAUUUUGAAAGGAAACUUGAUUCACGCUAAUUAAAGAUGUUGAGUAGAAAAGUGUAGGUAUUAUACAAAGCAAGUAGAAAAUUAUAUAAUAGUUACAGAAAAGGUAUAGAUUUAAUAUCUAAAUAAAUUUAAAUAGGAAAUUGGCUUGAUCUUAUGAACUGGUUUACUAAUCCAUAGUGAAGAAGGAAUGCCUUUAAAGUGAGUGGUGUUAAGUAUAGAUAGGUUAAAUAUUUAAAAUUAGUAGGCAGUUUUUUGUUCCAAUUGAAAUUUGUUCCAUUUCAAAGAUGGUGGUCCAAAGAAUGUCUUUUUGCACUGUGAAAUAGCUUGAGAAAGAAUGUUUUAAAAAUAGUUACACUUGAGAAAAUCUAAAGUAGCAAUGUGCCAAAGUGUAAUCUUGCUACAGAACUAGAACAGUUGAUUAAAAAAUAGUAAUGUAUAUAGCUAUUCCAGAAACAUUUAAUACAUGUAUUUAGUAAUUGAAGAUAUAACCUGUGAUGGAGUCACAUUAAUUGGAUGUUGAACACUAUUAGCUUCUUAUUCAUUGCUUUCCUAUUCAAUAUAUUUUACAGCCGAUGAUACAUGGGGCAUACUGUAUCUCAAGUUAUUCCUGAAAUAAAAACGAGGAGUGGGUUGAACUUUGUUUAUGGGAAGUGAGGCAUUUUGAUGUUUACUGAAAAUCUAUGCUAAAGCAGUACAGUCUGUUAUGCACACAAUUCUUGUGAAACAGUAAUAAUUGGGUUUAUAACCAGGAUCUUUUCAAAUGAACUUGAAAUGGGAACAGAGAGGUCAGCAUUGCCUUAUAUUCAUGUUAGCCUUAUAGUGGAGAAUUGUGGUGAAGGUGCUCUAUAGUACAGUCUAUGUUCUGCAUCAUAAAUUAUAAAAUGAAGUGCCAGUUUGGGUUUUGCACCUAUAUAGAAUGAUUUGUAAAAAGAUUGUUCUGCUAUUUUUGCUUAGAAUAUGUUAUGUGGUUUAAAAAAAUAUUUAGAAAAAGAACAAGAUUUGUAGUUCUAGAUAAUACAGUUUCAAAUGAUUUCCUUUUCACAUGACUGUAAUAUCUGGAAAGGUUAAAUAAAAUAUAUGUCCAUACUA